AUCAAGCUUGACCUUGUUUGCGACCACUACCAACACACAUACAACGUCGUGCAGAGAGACCAACAGGUCUUUUGGUAGGGCGCUUAUUCCUAGGACUGGUGUCUGCGUACACUAACACUCUCAUUCGACAGUUCACGAUGUCAACCGACAAUGUUCCGGGGCCUCCCCUACCUACACCGAAGUCCAAACCAGCCAGCGAAGCACUAUUGAACGAAAAGUGGGAUCGUGCGAUCUCUGACUUGGUGAUCAAGUCCGGCCUCGGGUUCUCUUUCGGCGUUAUUUUCUCAGUCCUAUUGUUCAAACGAAGAGCAUGGCCUGUGUGGAUCGGAACUGGUUUCGGUGCUGGAAGAGCUUGGGAGGCAGCUGAUGCAAACUUCAAGAAAGGAGACACAUUCAUGACGGACGGUUUCCGGAAAGUACGGACGGAACGAUAGUCGCUGGGUGCGGGGAGGAAUGGGCAGUGUUGUUUAUCGAGCGUUGCGACCCGGAGGU